CUUAUUAUCGUGAAUACAACCCUGUCGUGUCAUUUGGGAGUGAAAAUGCGAAUUUAUUUACAAAAUUUGCCAAUGCGAGAAAACGAAGGCGACGCGUAAUAACAAAAAACAAAACGAGUUAAUAAAUUUGUCACCAUCCCGAAACGCAAAUGUCGUAGUGAAGAGGGAGUGUGAAAGUGUGUGCAAUGAUGUGCAAUGCUCGCGAAGAGAAAGAAGAUACUGAGGGAGAGCGAGGCGCUGCUUUUGUGGUCAAGAUGUGAUUUGGCUGCAGAUACGACAACCAAACAACGACCAAAACAAUAAACCCCGCGAUCAGGCUAAAUUUAGCGUCUGUGCAACAAGAACAAUAACAUCGCAUAAUCGGAAAGCAAAGCACAACAACAACAACAACGAAAGGAACUGUAGCAACAACAGCAACAUCAACAACUUAACAUACAGAGCGCGCGCGUCUGUGUGCGUGUCUGUGUUUAACUGUGCGCGCGUGUGUGUGUGUGUGUGUGUUUGUGUAGAAAGUGCGCACGUCAGGCGUUGGCUGUCGUCGCAGUCGAAGUCGCAACCAUGUCCAGAAUUACAUUGACCACGUUAGCACACAGUGGUGUUGGUAUUGGCAGUAGCAGCAGCAACAACAACAGCAAUAACGAUACACGCACUGGAACGCUCACACAUCUGAUGGAGGAUCACCAGCAGUCGGGAACGAGAAAUGUGCUGCCUGGCCGAGGAUCGUCAUCUGCUGCUGCUGGUAGUGGUGGUGGUCCAUCCGGCCUCAUAUCCGAUGGUGCCGAACGACUCCGACGACAGGGCAGCCGAUUGCAAACCUCGCGAUUUGCCUGCAUGCGAUGUUGCGGCAACUUUCUCACCUAUUUGGUACGAUUGCGCAGCACGCCCGAGGAGCUGGAGCAACGCUACAAAUCCAAAGAGAUUGAUAGGUUUCUGGAAAAGGAGAAGCAUACGUUUCGACGGCAGGUUAAGCUGCUGCUCCUGGGGGCUGGCGAGUCUGGCAAAUCCACCUUCCUCAAACAGAUGCGCAUCAUCCACGGCGUCAAUUUUGAUCCCGAGCUGCUGCGCGAGUACCAACAUGUGAUAUACCAAAAUGUUAUAAGAGGUAUGCAGGUCCUCCUCGAUGCGCGCGAAAAGUUGGACAUCUCUUGGGGCAGCAAUGGACGCGAACAGGAUGCCAACGACGCCAAAUCAUUGGAAUGCAAUGCAAUAGAGGCAGCUAGAUUUGUAGAAUAUGCGCCGUUAAUACGGCGCCUGUGGCAGGAUCGUGGCAUAAGGCGCGCCUACGAGCGACGACGCGAAUUUCAAAUUAGCGAUUCGGUCAGCUAUUUUCUUGACGAAAUUGAGCGACUGGCGAAACCGGAUUAUGUGCCCACACACAAAGAUAUACUGCAUUGUCGCAAAGCAACCAAAGGUGUCUACGAGUUUUGUGUCAAAGUACAGAACAUUCCAUUUGUGUUUGUCGAUGUGGGCGGACAACGUACGCAGCGACAAAAGUGGACCAAAUGCUUUGAUACCUCUGUCACAUCGAUUAUAUUCCUAGUGUCUAGCUCCGAGUUCGAUCAGGUGCUCGCAGAAGACAGGAAAACCAAUCGCCUGGAAGAGUCAAAGAAUAUAUUCGAUACCAUUGUGAACAAUAAUACGUUUAAAGGCAUUUCAAUAAUAUUAUUUUUGAACAAAACCGAUUUGCUGGAACAAAAAGUACGCAAUCCAGAGACUGAUAUACGCUGGUACUAUCCACAAUUCAAUGGCAAUCCGCACUCACUUUUAGACGUCCAAAACUUUAUGCUGCAAAUGUUUAUGAGUGUGCGUCGCAGCACAAGCACAAGUCGGAUCUAUCAUCACUUUACUACUGCCAUAGACACGCGCAACAUCAAUGUGGUGUUCAAUUCGGUGAAGGACACGAUAUUGCAGCGUAAUUUAAAUGCAUUAAUGCUGCAGUAGUCGUCACCUGAUCACCCCCAUUACGGGCCAUCAAAAUCAUAUCCACGAAUCUCGCGCCAGCUCUGGCAAAACUGUCUACCAUACAUACAUACAAAAAUAUAUACCAUAUAUAGAACAAAAAAAUAAAAACAAAAGUGCCAGGCUGUCAGGAAUGUUGAAGAAUUUUGUAAAGGGCCGACCCAAAUUGUUGUUAACUUUUUAAAAUGGUUUAAUUAUUCAUAAAAGCUUGUAUUAAAUGAAAUUAUUAUAU